AUGGCCAAGCAGCACAUUCUCCUCCUCGUCACCCUGGCUUGCAUCCACCACAUUGCGUACGUAGCGAGCUUGAAGGCGGCUGCGACAGGGACAGCAUACGACAUCCUGGACAAAAACAACUUACCGCGUGGACUCCUCCCCCAGGGUGUUCGAUCAUACGUUCUCAACCCGGACGGCAAACUAGAAGUGACCCUCGCAGGACGGUGUGAGAUUCCAGUCACCUUCGGCGGCCAACAGCUCAAGUUCCGUUUCUCCAGCACGGUUGGAGGGGUCAUCAAGCCCGGUUCCAUCCAGGAGGUGUACGGCGUGGAUGUGCAGAUCAAGUUCGGCUGGCUCGGUAUCAGACAAGUCGACCGUGCCGGUGACCAACUCACAUUUCAGGCCAAGCAGUUCACACAGUCGUUUCCGGUCAGCGCCUUCGGCGUGAGCCAGUCCUGCAGCUGA